AAUUCGCAUAGGUAACAACUCUCAACAGUUCACUGUUACUUUUCAAAAUGUCAUCUACUAAUCUUCUUAUUACGGAUCGAAAUGAAAUACGAAAAAAUUAUGGAAAAACGGAAAAAGAUGUUUUAAAGGAUAUUGAUAUAAUAAAGGAAUGGUUAAAAACCCAAAAGCACCUUCCGGAAAUUCCAACCAACAACAUGAUUGAAUUUUUCCUUACAAAUAACAAAUUUAGUAUUGAAAAGACUAAAAAAAAUUUGGAUAUGUACUACACGAUAUAUUCCCUCAUACCAGAAAUGUAUAGGAAUGUUCAUCCUUGUAAAUCGGAUCUUGAAGCAGCCUAUAACACAGGAACUGCAGCGUUUAUUCCUACUCUCACUCCAUCAAAACAUAGGAUUACAGUAUUCCGGUACGAAAAUGUAGAUUCAGCUAACGCAGAUAUAACAAGAAUAUUUGCACAUGUUUUAAAAAAUAUGUACGAAAUUAGAAUUCAGGAAGAUUUGGCAAUGGGAGAAAUAUUUGUGAUAGACUGUAAAAAUCUUAAACUAGAUAUUGUAUUAAAAAUAACACCGGUUGUACUAAAGCAGGUUGCUUUUAUUUUUGAGAAUGUGCAAAGUUUUAGACUACAAGCAAUACAUUAUUACAACACUCCGGGAUAUUUUCAUAGCACAAUCACAUUGCUCAAAUCGUUACUAAGCAAAAAGUUAUCAGAAAGGGUGUAUAGCCACAAAACGAUUGACGACCUGACAAAAUUUAUUCCAUUGGAUCUUUUGCCAAGUGACUAUGGCGGUAAACAAAAAUCUGUUAAUGAAUUGGCAGAAUUAUGGAAACAAAAAAUGUUUGAAUAUAAGGACCGAUUUGACCAGCUCGAGAGUAUGAAAGUAAACGAAGAGCUCCGACCAGAAAAACUGCAAAAUGAUGAACUCUUGGGUUACUAUGGCAAUUUUAAAAAGAUCGACACAGAUUAAUUUAAGUAUUAUCGAUUACAUAAAUAUAAAAAUCUAUGUAUAAGAGGACAAAAAUAGUUUCAAAUAUAAUAAAUAUAAUUACUGGUUUUAUAUUAUAAUUAUGUAAUCUAGUGGGAGAUUUAGCUGACAUUAUUUAAUAAUAUAUGUUAGUAUAUAAAUAUGUUACCGCCCAAUCCCGAUUUCAGGACAAACUAGUUUAGUCGAGGCCAAACUAUUUUCCAAACUAUUUUGUCAUAUCACGCGUAGGCCAAACUAAUUUGUCCUAGGCCAAACUAGUUUAUCCUGUUAUUAAUACACACACUUCAAGCCAAACUAGUUUGCAAACUAGUUUAUCCUGAUAUAAUAAAGACUCACACUUCAGGAUAAACUAGUACGGCCUAGCCUAAAACAAUUUAGCCGACUUGAAAAUAAUUUAGCGAACAUGUAAGGACUUUUAUAUGCGGGUAAUUCCCAAAUCACGUCCCAACAGGGAUGUCAAAAAAAAAUUAUACAUCGAUAUAUAUUGUAGCAUAUUAUACAUCAAAUGAAUAUAUUGAUACAUGCUAUAAAUCAAUAUAUUCUUGAAUAAUUAUAUAAUAUAAAAAAUAAUAAAUAAAAGAAUGAGUGUUUCUCCAAAAAUAAAAAUAAGGAUAAAUUUACGAAUAAAAUCGAGUAAGAAUUAAAAUUGUUUUGCACCAAUUUUAAAAAAAUGUGAAAACCUUGAAUUAUCCACAUCCGUCUGUCCAUCCGUUCGUCCGUCUGUCCAUCCGUUCGUCCGUCUGUCUGUCUGUCUCUCUGUGAACUCAACUCCUCCGUCAUUAUACCAGAAAGAAUGACAAAUGAGGUGUCAAAUGAAAGCUUAUAGUCCAAGGAUGGUACUAGAGCUGAGAAAUUUGACCUAGGCUGUCUGUCCCUUCGACCGCAAGUAUAACUCAAUAUUAUUGUUUGUUUGUUAUGAAUAAUUAUAAUUUUAAUAAAAAUGAAUAUUUUUCCAAGAACAAAGUAUUUUAUUUAAUUUAUUAUUUAUAUUAAGCCGUACUAAUUGGCGGCAUUACUUUCUUCUUCUUGGCUUUUUCUCAUUAUGAGUUUGCCGUUUUCGUCUUCCAUAGCACGCUAUUCCCCCAGUCGCCAUCUCUGAGGUCUCUAUAUAUCAUAGCAUUUCCUAUGUGAGUUUUCCAUCUCACAGCAGGUCUUCCUCUCUUUCUUCCUCCCGACGGGUCCCUAAUAAUUUAAAAGUAUUUUAAAUCUUAAUACAUAGUGUCUUCUAAACUUAAGUUUAAAUUAGCAACCAAACUGUAAUUAAUUACUUUCGACUAGAUUAAAUUAGGCAAAUCUAUGUAGUUUAUCCUGGUAUAAAAACAUACACUUCAGGACGAACUAGUUUGGCCUAUAACAAACUAGUUUGGCCUUCGCGCGAUAGGACAAACUAGUCUGGCCUAGGCCAUACUAGUUUAUCCUAACGCGCUUAGGACAAACUAGUUUGGCCUAGACCAAACUAGUUUGUCCUGAAAUCGGGUUUGGCCGGUAACAUAUACAGCAAGUAAACUGAAAGCAGAUAAAGCACAUUUUUAAUAUUUAAUAAAGUUUUUUUCUGUG